AUGGCUGUCUCUGGGCUUGCUUGUAUCUACUCUCCCCUUGUCCUUCAUGAUGAUAAGGUUAUGGUCACGGAGGAUAAAAUUAAUGGCCUCAUUAAAGCCACAGGUGUAAAUGUUGAACUGUUCUGGCCUGGAUUAUUUGCAAAGGCCCUGAACAAUGUAAACAUUGCAGGUCUCAUCUGCAAUGUAGAAGUUGGUGGACCUGCCCCAAUAGCUGGUGGUGCUGCCCCUGCUGGAGGUGCUGUUCCUGCUAGCACAGCUGCCCCAGCUGAGGAGAAAAAAGAGGAAGCAGAAAAAGAAGAACCCAAGGAGUCUGAUGAUGACAUGGGCUUUGGUCUGUUUGACUAA